UAAAAAGAGGAUGGAAAUAUGGAAUCAUUAAGCCUUUUUCUGAAGGGAAAAAAUAAAUUACCUUUAUCUUUUUUUUUUUUUUUAAGAAAAUUACCUUUAUGAGGCUUAAAUUAAUUUUUUCACAGUAAUUGAUAAAAUAAAAUAAAAACAAUUUAUGGAAAUGGCGUUUUUUGGAAUAAAUGAGAAUAGAAAGGGUAAAAUUUGACCUAAAAAGCAAAAAAAUAAUGAAAAAAUUUCCGUCGAAUGAGAUCUUAGCAUUACAGCCAAAGCCACCCUUUCUUCUCCUUCUUCUUCCCUUUUCCCCUCCAUUUCCUCUGCAACUAGAGAGAGAAACCCAAUUUUUUAAUUUUAUUUUAGAGAGAGACAAUCAACCCUCCAUUAUCAUUAAUCUAAUGUUUUCAUAAUUACCUACUCUCUUAAUCCCUGCUUUUCUUUGCAAUUAACAAACACCCCCACCAUCCCACCCAAAAGGGUAAUUUUAAUUUUAAUUCAAAUUCAACAAUUUUUAUUUAUUUUCAAAAAAACAAAAUACCACAUUGCUAACACCAUAAGCACCUUCAAACUUGAGCAAUUUGCAUAAAAAAUUACACCCAUUUCCCUUUCAUUUUCUGGGAAACCUAGAGUUUUGAUUUUGAGGGUGCUUUUUUGGUGUGUUUUUGUUGAAACGUUUCGAAACGGGUAAUAGAGAGAAAGAUCAAUGGAACCAGCUGUAUUGGACGAUAUAAUAAACAGGCUAUUGGAUUUUCGAAACGCGAGACCAGGUGCUGCGAGACAGGUUCAGCUUUCUGAGUCAGAGAUCCGCCAACUUUGCACCGCUGCUAAGGAAAUCUUCUUGCAACAACCUAACCUUUUGGAGCUUGAAGCCCCCAUCAAGAUCUGCGGUGAUAUCCAUGGGCAAUAUGGUGACCUCUUGAGACUUUUUGAAUAUGGUGGUUUUCCUCCCGAAGCCAACUACUUGUUUUUAGGGGACUAUGUGGACCGGGGCAAGCAGAGUUUAGAAACGAUUUGCCUUUUGCUAUCUUACAAAAUUAAAUAUCCAGAAAAUUUCUUCCUUUUACGGGGGAACCAUGAAUGCGCAUCCAUUAAUAGAAUCUAUGGAUUUUAUGAUGAAUGUAAACGCCGCUUUAAUGUUAGACUUUGGAAGACAUUUACUGAUUGUUUUAAUUGUCUUCCUGUUGCUGCUGUUAUAGAUGACAAAAUAUUGUGCAUGCAUGGUGGUCUCUCACCUGAUUUGACUAACGUGGAUCAGAUUAAGAGUUUGUCUCGGCCGACUGAUGUACCUGAAUCUGGUUUGCUAUGCGAUUUAUUGUGGUCAGACCCUUCUAGAGAGGUUAAAGGUUGGGGAAUGAAUGAUCGGGGAGUCUCUUACACCUUUGGUGCUGAUAAAGUGGCCGACUUCUUAAUGAAGAAUGACAUGGACCUAAUUUGUCGUGCACAUCAGGUUGUGGAAGAUGGAUAUGAAUUUUUUGCUGAUAGACAGCUUGUUACGAUUUUCUCUGCUCCCAAUUACUGUGGUGAAUUUGAUAAUGCUGGUGCUAUGAUGAGUGUUGAUGAGAGCUUGAUGUGCUCGUUUCAAAUCUUGAAGCCGUCAGAGAGAAGAAGAUUUCUUUGAUCAAGGAUUUGAUGAUGUAGUCAUCAUUCUUUGCUCAGUUAGUUAUACAGCCAUACAGGUAGUUGGGAUUUUAGGUGGAACAUGACUGUAUCAUCAAUCAUGGCAUGUCAAAAUGUGCCUGCAGGAAAUCAUUUUUUUAGAAGUGGAGAUUUGCUUUGCUUUCGUGCUUUUGAUUUGGAAUGUUGCGAACCUGUGAUUCACUGCUCAUUUUCUUUUGUGACCUUGUUCUUCCUCUCGGGAAAGUUGCAAGAGUAUAUGGUCAGGGUAUGGGAUUUCAAGCUACCCAUUGAAUCUGCAUCUCUAUGGAUGACGAGUUUCUCUUAGUUACUUGGUGAAUAUAGUGACUUCAUAUGCUUAGUUUGCUUUAAAUUGAAGCAAUAGUUAUUUGUAUGAAUGUGGAAUUGUAAACUUAGUACUUAAUUCUACUGGUAACAUGUGCACAUCUAGAAUCUUAAGUUCUUGACAUGGGAUAAUAGGAUUAUUUAGGUACUAUUGGUAAUGUGCACAUCUAGUAUUUUGACAGGCCUUUGACAUCAUGAACUUAGGUAAUAGAACGAGCUUUUAUAGUAGUAUAAUUGUGCAUGCCAUGUCCCAUGUGAAUGUCCUUGUUGAUGAAAAAAUUUGAUUAGGAAUACUUGGGGCAUGAUUUAUGUAAAGUCACAUACAAAUUUGUUACAUAUUCACCUCAAUGUAUGCAAAUGUCUUUCACUUAGCCUAGGAAUUCGGCUUCUGCUAUGGUAUUGCUUUGAAGAUAGCUGUUGACUUCAAAUACCUAACUAGGGUUCUGUU